CCGGCCCGCCGCCAUGUUGUUCCCUUGGCGCUGGACGUGAGCAGCUGGAGUUGCACAGGGCAGCGCUACGGUCUCCUGGCCGCCUACCCCCGACCUUCUCUCCUCGUUGCACCCGGACGGGCCAGUCGGGAGCUCCCCGGGCGUCCUCUGUGUGGCCACGAAAUAAUGAUGCUGCUUGAACUGAACAAUUAAGGGUUCUAAAGUCAAAACCUUGAGAUUAAUAAUGGCAGGAAAAUCUUCGCUUUUUAAAGUAAUUCUCCUUGGAGAUGGUGGAGUUGGGAAGAGCUCUCUUAUGAACAGAUAUGUGACCAAUAAGUUUGAUACCCAGCUCUUCCAUACAAUAGGUGUGGAAUUUUUAAAUAAAGAUUUGGAGGUGGACGGACAUUUUGUUACUAUGCAGAUUUGGGACACAGCCGGUCAAGAGCGAUUCAGAAGCCUGAGGACGCCAUUUUACAGAGGUUCUGACUGUUGCCUGCUCACUUUCAGUGUCGAUGAUUCCCAGAGCUUCCAGAACUUGAGUAACUGGAAGAAAGAGUUCAUAUAUUACGCAGAUGUGAAAGAGCCCGAAAGCUUUCCUUUCGUGAUUUUAGGCAAUAAGAUCGACAUAAGUGAACGUCAAGUAUCUACAGAAGAAGCCCAAGCCUGGUGCAGGGACAACGGUGACUAUCCUUACUUUGAAACAAGCGCAAAAGAUGCCACAAAUGUCGCAGCGGCCUUUGAGGAAGCGGUUCGAAGAGUGCUUGCUACUGAGGAUAGGUCAGAUCACCUGAUCCAGACAGACACGGUCAGUCUGCACCGAAAGCCCAAGCCUAGCUCGUCUUGCUGUUGACCAUUUAGAGAGGUUGCCUGUGUGAUCUAACCAACUCACACACAUACACAGAAAAACACAGGGUGGAGAAGAGAAUUAGCAUUUGCAGCAAUGGAUCAUCUACUCAUAAAAUUAAACUAACCAUAUUGCUGUUUUGUUAGUGGGCGGGAGAAGGGACACAUCCACUCAUGGAAGAAUCAAUUUAUUCAGUAGUGGCUCCGUACAUUUAUAAAUUGUAAUGGUUGUCUGUUAAUGUUUAAAUAUGUACGUUACAGAGCUAAUAAAUGAGAUGAUCAGUACUUUAAUUAUAAUUAAAACACUUGAAUAUUCUGGAA